AUGCGAGCUUCCUUGAUUCGAUCUGGGGUAAAUCUCGCAGGAUCGCCCAGCAAAAAGAUUCGUUUGGAUCCCAAUAAACUCCUACAGAUUAUUGAAAAAGAUGAAAAUGAUUUACGAAGCCAAGAAAGAUACGAAAGUAAUGAAAAAUCGCAAGCCAAGACAGUUCCAAGAAUUGAUGGUCAGUUUUUGACCCAAUAUUUCUCAACAGCGAGUUCCCUUAUAAUUCCACAAUUGCAGACUAGAGACAUAACGAAUGUGGGAAGAAUUAUACGAGACUCAAACGUUAGUCUGGACUGGAGCAUUUACGAGCUCAAAAAACUUCCUGGUGAAGAAGCUAGAUCAUCAGAUGAUACGGAAACCAUUAAUCCAAUUCAAAAAACAGAGAAUAAGGGUAAGAUUUUACCAGAGGUCAUAUUUCUAGGUCGCUGCAAUGUAGGAAAAUCGUCAUUAGUGAAUGCUCUCAUGAGUUCCAAGAAAGGAGAAGUCACACCUUAUGCCAGAGUUAAACAGAGCGCAGGAUAUACACCAUGUCUCAAUUUCUACAAUGUUGGCGGUCUUUUCAGACUUGUUGAUUCUCCGGGAUACGGUGUGAAGGGAAAACCUUGGCAGGGUGAGCUUACAAUGGAAUACUUGAUGAAAAGAAGAGAGCUGUGCAGUUGCUACCUUCUUUUGGAUGGAAGUCUUGGGCUCAACCAAUAUGAUAAUGCAAUACUGGAGGCACUUGUUGAAAUGGGAUCUCAAUUUGACGUUGUGUUCAAUAAGAUUGACAAGGUGCGAGCCGAGAAUCGAGUCAAACACUUCGAGAACAUCAUUUCCGACUCAAUGCUCAGUGAUUUGAAAAUUAAACCUAGAUUCUAUUUUGUUAAUUCAGUUGAAGGUCGUCAGGGAGAUAUUACAGACCGAACUGGUAUCGAUGAAUUACGUUAUGGAAUACUCGAGACUUGUGGAUAUUCUGAUAUCGGAACGUUGAGACCAAAGGAUCGAAAAAAGCCUCAGAAAACUACAGUUAAGGUUAAUAACAAGAAAGGGCGAUUCUAA